CACCAGAGGAUCCAAUGGAAGGUCAACUCCUCAACCUUACUUAUAUAAUACUAUUCGAGAUCGGAGUACAGUAAGACCAAAAGUGUAUAUACGACUUCCUCGUGGUUUGCAUGGCCCUGUUAUAUUUUUCUAGAAGUGCUAUAAUAAAGACGUAUACAUAUCAUCGCCAACAUGUCGACAACUAACUUCAAUAUCAAAGAACACGUAGUAGAAGCCCAGCAUAUUCGGGAAUAUGCAAGAGCGACAUCGUUUUCGGAGGAGGAGAUUCUAAAGCUUUCCAUCAAGCAGUAUACGCCGUUAGAUAAUCCAAAUCCGCAACCGGGAGAUGUUACAAUCAUUGGAGCACAUGCCAAUGGGUUUCCCAAGGAGCUCUACGAAGCCUUGUGGGAUGAACUAUGUUUACGCUCAAAGGCCAAUGGCUUUCGCAUCCGCAGUAUCUGGAUCGCCGAUGCUGCCCACCAAAAUCAAAGUGCAAUUCUGAAUGAAGAGAAGUUGGGUAACGAUCCAUCAUGGAUGGACCAUCCCCGUGACCUUCUUCACAUGAUUAACCACUUCCGCAAGGAGAUGCCACUUCCGUUGUUUGGGGUUGGCCAUUCAUUCGGAGGCAAUAACCUUGCCAGCCUGUCCCUGAUACAUCCUCGCCUUUUUACCUCACUCACCCUCCUGGAUCCAGUCAUUUUUGGGCAACCUCUGACCAGCGGUGACGGCAGGGGAGCACCUAUGGCGUCAACAUUCCGUCGUGACCUCUGGCCAUCCCGCGAAGCAGCCGCGGCGGGCUUCCGUAGAAACCCAUUCUACAAGUCCUGGGACCCUCGGGUUUUAGAGGCAUGGAACAAGCACGGAGUACGCGAGACGCCCACGCUACUCUAUCCAAAUGAAAAGGGCUCCGUGACAUUGAGCACUCCCAAGUACCACGAAGUGCAAACCUUCAUUCGCCCAACUUUCUCCGACCCCAAUAACGGCCCUCUGGCUCCCAUUACCCACUACUCCCAUCCCGAUAUCGAUCAAUCCGUACCAUCCACCGAGCCAUUUUAUUCCCCAGCACCAUCUAUGGUUCUUGCACAGCUCCCCCAUCUACGGCCAAGCGUGCUGUACAUAUUCGGUGGCACCAGCUUCAUGGCUUCGCCAGCCCUUAAUGCGGAAAAAAUGCGUGUCACAGGAACUGGCACCGGAGGGUCAGGAGGGGCAGCGAAGUGGCGCGUUACGGAAGUUGUUUUAGAAGGAAUCGGCCACCUGGUUGCUAUGGAGGCACCGGUGCAAACUGCAGAGAAUACAGCGAAGUGGAUAGGCCAGGAAAUGCAGCUCUGGAGGCAAGAGGCGGAGAAAUUCGCAGGGUGGGCGAAGAUGGGUGUCAUAGAGAAGCAAGUCAUAAGUGAGAAGUGGAAGAACAUACUUACUGGAGAUCCAAAAAAAAGGAAGGUUACUGAUGGCGCGGUCAAGUUAUAAAGUGCGAUAUAUAGAUCGGAAUAUAUUGUCAUAUGAACUAUCA